AUGGAAGGCCCUGAAUCCAUCAAUCAGAGACAUCCAACGGAUGCCAUGCAGUCCUCCUCAGAAUCGCAAGAUGAGGAUUACUCAAUUUUCUCUGACAGAAUGCGUUUAUACUUGACCUACCUCCUCGGUCUCGUCAUGGUCCUGUCAACAAUAUCUGCUACCAUUUACUUCCCACUCAUUCCAAUGCUUAGCCGAGAGUUCGCAUCCUCUAUUCAGGAUAUCAACCUCACAGUCACCGUAUACGCCGUAUGUCAGGCAAUCGCCCCGGCAUUGUUUGCUCCACUGGCCGAUUCCCACGGCCGCCGGCCAGUGCUACUGUUUCUUGUGACCCUUUAUGCUUGCGCCAGCUUGGGUCUUGCACUCAACAAAGGCAAUUACGCGAUGCUGGCUGUGCUGAGAGCCCUCCAGAGUAUCGGCGCAUCGCCUACAAUCACUAUCGCAUAUGGCGUGGUAGCCGAUGUCGCGGCCGUCGCCGAGCGUGGGUCUAUGCUCGGCCCUGCUCUGGGUACUUGUAAUGGCAUUUCAGCCCUUGGUCCUGCCAUUGGCGGUGCUAUGGCUCUAGGCACGAGCGGUUCCAAGUGGGUUUUCUUGGCCCUCCUUAUCUACUCUGUGCUUUGUUUUUUGCUCGUAGGUAUCUCGCUUCCGGAGACCGCCCGCUCUGUGGCCGGCAACGGGUCCAAGCCCGUCGGUGGCGUCUGGAGGCCGUGGAGGUCCUAUUUUCCUUCCCUUCGAUCCUGCACCAGUGGGAAUAGUGGACAGGAUGGCCCGGGUUCUCCAAGCCAAAAUCGCAGAGCUCCUCAAACGACUCGGGAGAGGAACCUCGAGUUGGGAGGCAAACGACGACUUUUUCGCGGCCCACUAGACGCUAUUCUGAUUAUACUCCACGCCGAUUCCGCUCCGGUGUUGUGGGUUAUUGCAUCGUCGUACACAGUCUACUACAUCUUCCAGGUGGCCGUGCCCGUCGUCUUUUCAGACAUCUACGGUUACAAUGAGCUGCAAAUCGGUCUCUCCAUGCUUCCCGGCUUGGCCGGCAUGACUAUCGGGGGCAUGGUCGCAGGAAAGCUCGUCGACCGCAACUUUGCAGUGACGGCCCGGGCCCACAACGCGGUCAUUGAGCGCAACAGACUGACCAGCCUGGACGAGUUCCCGAUAGAGGCGGCAAGGUACCACCACAUUUUGCCCGUGAUCGCUCUACAAGCCGCACUAGUGGCCGGGUAUGGUUGGGCAGUGCAGUACGGAGCACAUGCAGCGGUUGCCAUGGUCCUCCAGUUUGCUGCAUGUUGCUGCUCGACCAUGCUAAGCCACACGGCGAGCGCGUUGUUGGUUGAUAUAUUCCCAGAGCAGUCGAGCACGGCGUAUGCAUCGGGUCAGAUGAUGCGUUGUGGUCUCAGUGCUGCUGCGGCUGCUAUUAUUGAUCCGGCGAGCCGCAUGCUCGGUCGGGGAUGGUUCUUCACAGUUGUUUCCUUGUUCAUUGGUACUACUGGGGCUGGAUGUGUGAUCUUGAGUCGGGUCAAGGGCAUGCAGUGGCGACAAAGGAGAACUGGUUAUGCGUAG